AUGAAUACCAAGUUUGAGAUGAGUGAUCUUGGUCUCUUAUCAUAUUACUUGGGCAUUGAAGUAGGUCAACGGGAUGGUGUGAUUACACUAAAGCAAGGAGCCUAUGCUAAGAAUUUACUCAUCAAGACCCAGGUGUUAGAUUGUAACCCCACCAAGAGCCCAAUGGAACACAAGCUAAAGCUUCGCAGGGAUGAAGAAGGAGAGUUGGUGAAUCCCACAGAAUACAGGAGCAUCGUUGGAGGACUCAGGUAUCUGACCCAUACCCGUCCAGACAUAUCGUUUGCAGUUGGAAUAGUAAGCCGCUACAUGGAAAGGCCAACUACAAAACACCUUCAAACUGUUAAGGGAAUACUCAGGUAUGUGAAAGGCACCCUUGACUAUGGUCUGAAGUACUCAAGAGGAAGAAAACAAGUUGUGAUUGUUGGAUACACUGACAGUGAUCUAGGGAAUGAUGUGAAUGAUAAGAGAAGUACAGGUGGGAUGGUUUUUUAUGUGAAUGGAAAUUUGAUUACAUGGGCCUCACAAAAACAGAGAUGUGUUGCCUUAUCCUCCUGUGAAGCAGAGUUUAUGGCAGCCACUCUAGCAGCUUGCCAAGGAAUAUGGCUUAGAAGACUCCAUAGGGAAAUAACAGGGCAAACUGUGCCACUUGUAACUCUGCUGGUUGAUAAUCGUUCAUCACUUGACCUCAUGAAGAAUCCAAUCUUUCAUGGAAGGAGCAAACACACAGAUAUAAAUAAGAUUCCAUUUUAUUCGUGA